CCCAAUAUUUCAAAUCAAAUUCAAGUUCGUGAAAAAUCACAGGAAAAACAUUUAAAGUGUAUGUUAAGAACAACGUAAAAAAUUGGCAUCCAAAUUUAUAGUUUUACAAUUGGAAAAGUAUUCUGAAAGUUACAGUGCAUCAUGGCGGAUCCAGAAAUGAAUCAAGAUACUGGGGUGUCACCUAUGGAUGGCGGUUCCACCUUUAACUUAAACGAACGAUUGGAUUGCGAGAAUUUAGAGGAGAUGACGGAUGGUUGGACCGAUGGCCAGAGACCUUCAUUCGUUACCGCACUUAUGCGAUUGUUUGGCAAUGUGUUCGUUGAUAUGUUCAGGGCGAUUUUCAGCUGAAAAGAAAUACCAAGAACCCCGUUUAUCCGUAAUCAGUAUUUAAAAAAGUUUUCCCAGUUUGCUGUCUAAUUUGAAAAAUAAAGUCGUUUAGUAUAUCAA